UCAUUUCCGAUCAUCCCUUACCUUUCCUUCAGCCAUUUUCAUGGCGUACUUUGCUUACCUAAGCCACUACCAUUAAAAGUCGAGUUAGGCUCCUGUUACAUUGGUAUCAGAGCAGCGAUCGUGUUAAGUUGGUGUUUAUCUGCAUCAAUUUCCGCAGUUCACUCUGGCGCCUCAUUCGCGCUCAAAAUCCGCCAUUGAAGCUAUGGAAGAUCAAAUACAAAAUCUGGUUCAGUCUCAACAGCAAUUUCAACAAGACAUUCAACAUCAAUUUCAACAAUUGUUUGGAAUAGUUGUGGAGUUAUAGAAGAAGGUUGAAAAGGAACCUACCGCCAUUCCUCCGACGUUCAACUAUAGAGAAAAAGGCGGAAAUUAGUCCAGGUCGUUGGGGUAUACUCCUAAGCUUGACUUUCCUCACUUUGAUGGAAGUAACAGUAGCAUGUGGUUAAAAAAUGUAAAAGAUAUUUUACAUUGUGUCAAACACCGGAAGAUCAACAAGUAGAUAUCGCGACCUUAAAUAUGACGGGAAAGGCAGAGGUAUGGGCGAUGAAUUACUUGGUUGAUAAGAGUGGAGUUGAUUGGCAUGAAUUUGAGAUUGAUAUAGCUGCAAGAUUUAGAGAUGAUUCUGAAAAAGAUGUGGUGGAAAGAUUUAACAGGUGCCAACAAAAGAAUUCUAUUGAUGAUUAUGUCGAUGAAUUUGAGGAACUUAAGAGCAUCAUUAAGACAACUCAUCCGUUGCCAGAGAAGUAUUUCUUGGACUGCUUUAUUGGAGGAUUAAAAGCUUCUUUGAAAGCUUUUGUCAGGAUUCUUAAACCUUCUACUAUGGCUGAGGCAAUUGAUUUUGCUACAUCGCAGGAUGAGACGUUAGCUGCUACUUCUAAAGGCAGUAAUACUUUGCAGAAAAUCACUCCUAAUCCGGUAAGUACUAGUCACAAACCUUUUUCUUCAAAGGCUGCAUUAUCAAAUGAUCAUAGCAGUACUGCAAGUAGCUCGAGAACAUAUAUACCUGCAUCUGUGAGAGCUGAAAAGUUGGCAAAAGGGUUGUGUUAUUACUGUGACCAACCUUAUGAUAGAAAUCAUAAGUGUCCGUUCAAAAAGACUCAGUUGUUUACUGUGGAAGUACAAGGAUGGGAAGAUGAGGAAGAAACUGAAGAGGAAUGUAAACUGAAAGUAGAAGGUGAGCAGUUGUUAUUACAUGAUCCUUGUAUUUCUAUAAAUGCUCUAUCUGGUUGUACAGGAUUUCAAACAAUGAGAGUGGUAGGUUAUUUUGGGAAAAAGCCACUACAUAUCCUUAUUGAUUCAGGAAGCACUCAUAACUUUAUGGAUAUGAAGGUAGCUCAGAAAUGUGGACUUCCAAUUGAACACAUGAGAUUACAGACAGUGACAAUAGCCAAUGGAAAUCAUUUAAAUUGUCAGGACAUCUGCAGGGAUUUCUCUUGGACAAUGAUGCAGCAAGAAUUCAAAACUGAUGUGCUUUUAAUACCUUUGGGGGGAUGUGAUAUGGUAUUAGGAGUACAAUGGUUAUGUGAGCUAGGACCAGUCCAAUGGGACUUUAAGCAAUUGAUGAUGAAGUUUCAAUGGCAGGGCAAAUCAAUUAUACUUCAUGGAGCUCCAAUGUCUCAAUUAAAAUCUUUUGUCUAAGCAAAAUUCUGAGAAAUUUUUAGAGCAGGCCUCUCAACUUUUCUUCAUACAGUUGGUAUCUGAUGAGAAGGAUGAGUCAGACACAACUUGCAAUGCAGUGGAUAUGACAGAAGAUCCAUAUUCAGAGGAGUUGCAGAAAUUGUUAAAACAGUUUCAGGAUAUCUUUGAAGAGCCUAAGUCCUUACCUCCAUCAAGAGGCAUCUAUGAUCACAAAAUUCCAUUGGAACAGGGUACUAAUCCAGUUAAUAUCAGGCCCUAUAGAUAUUCUCUAAAUCAAAGAGAUAUCAUAGAAGGAUUGGUGAAAGAAAUGAAUGCAAAUGGAAUAAUUCAGAAAAGCUGUAGUCCAUUUGCUUCUCCUGUGGUUUUAAUUGGUAAGAAGGAUGGUACAUGGCGUCUAUGUGUGGACUACAGAGAGUUAAACAAGAAAACUAUCAAGAACAAAUUUCCUAUACCUAUUAUUGAUGAACUAAUUGAUGAACUUGCUGGCUCUACUGUUUUAGCAAGUUAGACCUCAGGGCUGGGUACCAUCAAUUGAGGAUGAAUAAGGAGGAUGUUCACAAGACAGCAUUCAAAACUCAUGAAGGCCACAAUGAGUUUUUAGUUAUGUCUUUUGGUUUGACAAACGCACCAGCUUCUUUUCAAAAUUGGAUGAAUGAGGUAUUCAAACCUUUGUUGAGAAAGUGUGUGCUAGUCUUUUUUGAUGACAUUCUUGUUUAUAGCAGGAAUUUUGAAGACCAUUGGGGGCAUUUACAGAUGGUGUUUCAGAUUAUGAGGGAAAAUCAGAUGUAUGCUAAAGCUUCUAAAUGUGCCUUUGUUAUGUCUAAGGUGGAAUACUUAGGACAUUUUAUUUCAGGAUCAGGAGUUGAGACAGAUCCUAGAAAAAUUGAUGCAGUAGUUAAAUGGCCUGUUCCUAAAUCUAUGAAGCAGCUGAGGAUUUUUUUGGGACUAGCUGGUUAUUACAGGAAAUUUGUCAGGCUAUAUGGGGUUAUAAGCAAGCCUCUCACAAAUCUUUUGAAGAAGGAGCAUUUCAGUGGAACAAUGAGGCUCAAAAGGCAUUUGAGGAGUUGAAAAGGGCACUCAUUACUUUUCUCCAGUGCUGGCACUUCCAGACUUUUCUAAAACAUUUUUGGUUGAAACGGAUGCUUCAAAUGAGGGUAUAGGAGCAGUAUUGAUGCAAGAGAACCACCCCCUUGCCUAUAUCAGCAGAUCACUAGGGGCCAAAUGGCAAAUACUGUCAGUUUAUGAAAAAGAAUUGCUAGCCAUUGUAUUUGCUGUACAAAAAUGGGAGCAAUAUCUGAGCUCUCAACACUUUGUUAUCAAAACAGAUCAAAAGAGUCUUAAGUGGUUAUUGGAACAAAAAGACUCUACUCCAUUUCAACAGUUUUGGUUAUCCAAAUUAAUGGGUUUUGAUUAUGAAAUACAAUACAGGAGGAAGGGAGAAUGUGGUUGCUGAUGCUUUAUCAAGAGUUCAAGGGGCUGAAUUAUGUUGUUUAGCUAUUUCGCUGGUGGAUUCUGAUUUAGAGCAUUUGAUUAAGGAAAGCUACAAAGGAGAUGAUCAUUUAAAUAUCAUUCUGCAUUUGCUGCAGCAGAAUCAAGUGGUGGACAAGUAUUCUAUGCAGAAUGGUCUAAUCAGAAGAAAGGGGAAGAUUGUGAUAGGUGAUGACAUUUCUCUGAAGCAAAAGAUUUUGAUGUGGCAUCAUGCUUCAGGUGAAGUUGGACAUUCAGGCAGGGAUGCAACAAUAAGAAGAAUUAAAACAAUUUUCUAUUGGAAAGGGCUUAAUAAGGAGGUGAGCAAUUUUAUUAGAAAUUGUGUAGUGUGUCAAACAAACAAACAUGAGAAUGUGGCUUACCCAGGGCUGUUACAACCUUUACCCAUUCCAGAGGAAGUUUGGGUAGACAUUUCUUUAGAUUUCAUUACAGGAUUACCAAAAUCUGGGGGGAAGGAGGUAAUCUUGGUAGUAGUGGAUAGAUUGAGUAAAGCAGCUCAUUUUGUGGCUUUGGCACAUCCAUUCACUGCAAUAGAAGUGGCUCAGGCAUACUUGGACAACAUAUUCAAAUUGCAUGGAUGGCCUAAGAGUAUAGUAAGUGACAGGGAUGCUAUAUUCUUAAGUCAGUUUUGGAAGGGGUUGUUUUCUAUUCAAGGCACUCAGUUUAAACUAUCAUCAACCUAUCAUCCACAAACUGAUGGUCAAACUGAGAUAGUGAAUAAAUGUUUGGAGUCUUAUUUGAGGUGCAUGUGUAGUGAAAGACCAAAGGAGUGGAGUUUUUGGCUUCCACUAGCAGGAUGGUGGUUUAAUACUCACUUUCAAACGUCAGCUGGUACUACUCCUUACGAGAUCAUGUACACUCAACCACCUCCUCUUCAUCUUCCAUAUUUUCCUAGAGAGUCCAAUGUGGAAGCUGUAGACAGGUCUAUGCAAAGGAGGGAAGAAAUGUUAAAAAGACUCAAAGAAAAUUUGGUUAAAGCUCAAUCUAGGAUGAAACAGAUGGCUCAUAGAAGAAGAAGUGAAACAGAGUAUUUGAUAGGGGAUUGGGUCUGGUUAAAGCUACAACAUUAUAGGCAACAAUCUGUGCAACCAAGGAGUAAUCAGAAGUUGGCUACAAGGUUUUUUGGACCAUUUCAAAUCAAAGAAGUUAUUGGGAAGGUUGCUUAUAAGCUCAAGCUACCAAGUGAUUCUCAAAUACAUGAUGUCUUUCAUGUUUCACAACUUAAAAAAUUCAGGGGGAAGUUACCUAUUGCUGCCCAUAUUCCAGCAUGGUUCAGUGGACAAAAUGCAGAAUUUGCACCUCAGCCUGAAAAGAUCUUGGAAAGGAGAAGUGUCAAGUUUCAAGAUAAGGUACAAGUGCAAUUGUUCAUUCAAUGGAAGGGCUUUACUGUGGAAGAAGCAACUUGGGAAUCAACCGAUCAUUUCAGAGAGCAAUAUCCUAAGUUUGAUGUGAGCAGAAAUACAACAUGACUUGAGGACAAGUCAAUUGUUCUACGGAGGGAGGAUUGUAACGGGUAGUCUUAGCUACCGUUAUGUGUUGUUAGUCUGUUAGUUAAUACAACUGUUAGUUGGUUGUUAUAUCUGUAAAAACUAACUGAACUGUACAUGUAUAAAAGAAGGUGAUAUCAUCAAUAAAAUCAGUUUUUGCUUGUCGUUCA